AUGAAGAAGUUUUUUGCUUCCACCUUCUCCUUGAGAAUCAUGCAAAACCAGAGCUUGGUCAAUGAGUUCAUACUCCUGGGACUUUCUCAGAACACAAAUGUUGAGAAAAUACUGUUUGUUGUAUUUUUGCUAGUCUACCUUGCAACUAUUGGUGGCAACAUUAUAAUUGUGGUGGCCAUCAUCUACAGCCCUGCCCUGCUGGGCUCCCCCAUGUACUUCUUCUUGGUAUUUCUAUCACUACUGGAUGCCUGCACUUCUACUGUUGUAACACCCAAGAUGAUUAUAGGCUUCUUCUAUGAAAGGAAGACCAUCUCAUUUGAAGGCUGCAUGACACAACUAUUUGCCAUACACUUCUUUACUGCAGUAGAGGUGAUUGUUCUGUCAGUUAUGGCUUAUGACCGUUAUGUGGCCAUUUGCAAGCCCUUGCACUACUCUUCUAUCAUGAGCAGGAGACUCUGUGUUUUUUUGGUAGGGGUAGCAUGGUCUGGGGGAUUUUUGCAUUCUAUCAUACAAAUUGUCUUCACUUUGCAGUUACCCUUCUGUGGACCCAAUGUCAUUGAUCACUAUAUGUGUGACUUGUUCCCAUUACUAAAGCUUGCCUGCACUGACACACACAUUUUCGUUAUGUUAGUAUUUGCCAAUAGUGGUUCUAUCUGUAUCAUUAUCUUCUCCUUAUUGCUUGUUUCCUAUGGUGUAAUCUUGUUUUUUCUGAGAACCCAUAGUUCUGAAGGGCGACGGAAAGCUCUCUCCACUUGUGGAUCCCAUAUAACAGUUGUUGUUUUAUUCUUUGUUCCAUGCAUAUUAAUAUAUGCCCGCCCUUCAUCCCCAUUCUCCUUUGAGAAAAACACACUUAUAUUUGCCAAUGUCCUGACACCACUGCUCAAUCCUAUGGUUUACACAUUCAGGAAUAAAGAAAUGAAGAAUUCCAUCAGCAAAAUGUGGAAGAGAUUAGUAGUAGUUCCUGAUAAAUAUUAA